AAAUGCCCCUGCAUGAGAAUUGUGCAGUUGGGUGUUCGAUUCCACUUUCCCAGACCCUGCUCUUUGUUGGCAUGCUGGUGUCACUGAUUGUCAGCAUUUAACCCUUUCCCUGCUGGCAUUUCUCCAAGCCCUCUGCACAGCUACUGGGCUAUAAAGGGUCUUUGGGAGAGCCUGGAUUAGCAGCUAUGCAGUGGUGGGGUAGAAGGGCUGACAGACACACCUGCUGCCCUUCGGCCAAGCUAAUGGACUUUGUUCCUUGGAGAAGGAUUGAAGAGUGGGAGUAAUCAUUAGGAAAUGCUUUUCCAUAGGCAGCCAGGCUGGUAAAUUCAGGAUAGUUUUGGAUUUGCCACAUAGCCAUCCAAGCAAUGUGCUGGUCUCAGAAUUGAGGGCCUGGGUUUGCCAUCUAAGUGGGUUCGAUACAGCUUUUCUAUUAAAAACUUACAUAUCGCCAAAGGGUGGAGUCUGUCCUGAGAUGCACACACAUAACAUUACAAAUCCAGGGAAAAACAUCUACUAUGUAAGUGUAGGUGGGUUAGCUUCAAGCAUUAAACUCUCAGAACAAAUAAACAAGGGGGCAAAAUUCACAAGAAUUGCAAGCACCAGAAGAAAGAAGUAGAAUUUGAAGGACCUGCCCAUUUAUGAUUUACAAAUUGUGACUGGUGUUAUGCCCUGGAAUGUAAAUCUUACAAAAUGUGGUGGUUUCCAAAAAGCCUAUCUGACUCCAUGGUUGUAUCUUUGGCUUCUCACUUCUUAGCUGAACUAUUUCACUUCUGGUCCUCUGGGACCAGAGCCUAGAGCCAUUCAGAUGUCAGCUUUGCCAUACAGGUUUUCUGAAGUCUUCCUGGGUGGCUGUCAGAGCCAUAAUGAUUUGCCAUAUGAAACCCAUGGAGCCUUGUGAGACCAUGGAAAGGGUGGAAUGAUUGCUUGUCUUUAAUGAGAGCUGAGCUAAGGCUUAGACUGAGUCCCAGGUGCCUCCAGCCAGACAUUAUUAGCCCUUGUUAAGCAUUAUUAUGGAUAAAGCGAUGGUUUCUUAUAAUAUUUCAACAAAGAGAUAAAAGUUGGAGAAGUUCUACUUAAAGUUUAUUGAUUUUAUUCUGUUUUUUUUCUACAACCACCUACAAAUCUGGCCACCUGCUUUACUACUUCUUAAUUUUUUGGGGGUUUUUUGAAGCAUUUUUUGAGAAAGUGCUCCUCACUUCUUUCUUCUAAGCUCUCGGCAGGCAACACACCUUUCUUUUGUUCAUAUGAAAAGCAUUUAAAAAUAAAUUUAUUACAAAAGCCACUGCUAUUGUUCUAACUUAAUAUUUGCAGAGGAAAUGCAAUUAUGGCUAACGAGCAGAUUAGUCCUUUUUUUUUAAUCCCCAGUUUGUCUGAUUAAGGUAGAUAGAAUUAUAGGAAAGUGCCUUGUGAGUUAAACAGAAGACAAUAUCAUUUAUUCUGCCCUGAAAUGAAUGGUUUGAUUUACACAGGUUGUGUGGUACAGCUGCACUAACUGGUCACCUUUAAAAUGUGUAGGUUUGUUGGAAGUCAGAUCUCUCCUACGCCCCCAUUAUAAGCAUUAAAGUCUCUUUGAAUCAUUGUAGGAGAUAUUACAGAAGGAGACUGUGGCAUUUAUUUACAUUUUAUGCUCAUUGUAGCCACCCACACUGGUUCUCUUACAGAUCUCAUUCACUGUCAUGCAGCAAGUUCUGUCCAGCCCCAAUCACUUGUGUGCAACAUACAUCACAAGGGGUGAUGCCUGUGAAUUCUUCACUAAACAUCCCAGUUUUGGGGCAGUUGUUUAGUAAUCCUUAACAAACAAUAGUUGUUUUGUGAUGAUCCUUUGCUGCAGUCUCUCUUCCUGCCUGGCUGCAAGGGAGGCAAAUGGGAGAUGUCUAUUCUCUGCUGUCAGGGAGGAGGCUCUCCCUCAAGCGAGUUGUGUGUCCAGUGGUUAUCAGUCCAAAACUUUUUUUCUGGUGUAAUUUGUUAUAAAUUCAAACCAUUCUUAGUCCCCCAGUUCUAUUUCUUCUGGCACUUACAGAAAAAGAUUUUAAUCUGUGCUAAUCCAAAUAUUUCUUUUACAAAUCUCUGUGCUGAUGACUGGUUCCUGCAGAUGCCAUCUCUAGUUUUGAAGAGCUUCUUGGUUCUGCUCAGAGAACAUACAAAUGACAGGGGCCCAAGACACCCAAGCAGUUAGAAUGAGAAAGAACUUGCUCACAUUUUCCCAACAAAAGCAGAAGUAAAUCUCACAUUUAGUAAGUAAACUUAAUUCCAAUUAUUCACUGCCCAUUAUAAUUCACAUUGAUGAAGAGUUGCCACUGCCUCUUGACCACUUGGCUCCAAUUUCUUUCACAGCAGCUUGUCACCUUCCUCAAAGGCAGAGCAUCCGGACCACACCAACUCCAUCCCAUCCACCACCUCCUGCUCCACGGCACCUGGCCCUGGUCUGCAGCUGUGUGAGUGUUUUAGGGGGCCUGGCCAGAGAGGGCCCGAGGCUCAGCAUCGUCCUGCGGAAGAAGCUCUGUCCUGAUGGCCGUGGAUGUGGGAAAAUCACCUUCUGAGGAGUCACUGAGCAGGAAGGCCGAGGGCGAUGCCAGGUGGGACAGCGCAGAUACAGAGAUGGACUUCCCGGAGCUGGCAGGGAGCCUGCAGCAGCUUUUAGGGACAGAGGAAGCCAAGCCCAGCCUGCAAGGGACAGAGGGUGUGGCAGUGAGCAGACACAGUCACAUGGCCGCUGACCUUACCCACGGAGGCUCCAGCUGCCACCCAGAAGUGUCUUCAGCAUCUGCACCCGGAUUUCCCAAACCAAGAGCGAACUCCUCAGGGAAAGGGUUGUUAGUGGAUAGAGCUGCUGAUGGUGGCCCUGUGCCUUGUCGAGUUGGCCACUGGUUCCUCUCCUCAGAAGAACAGCAGGUGAAGGCAUCGGGCGGUGGGGACCCGGUGUCCAGCCCUCCCAGCCGGCGCAGCUCUGCCGAGGAGAACGUCCUUGCUGGCAGCCGCCACGAUGCCCAUGCUGGCCGUCGGAGACAGAGUCUGGGAGCUCAGUCCCCGUGUCCUUCCACCCCAGAGCUCCUGCGGCCCCAGACCCCGCCCAGCCCCGAGAGCGCCCUGCGGAGCCGCUCCGUGCUCAGCCUCUCUGCUCUGUCCUCCGAAGGAAACGGCCCCUCCGAGGAGCCGUCCGGAAGCUUGCCAGCCAGCACGGAUGUCCCUUCUGCGGCCACCACGGCUGCCCAGGACCUGUGCUCCCGAUGGGGGGUGGAAGGCAGGGCCCUGCAAAGGCGGGAGCCCCCGGGCGCUCUGCUCGAUUACCGCAGCUCCGUGGGGCGCAUCCGGGAGAUCUCCUCCUACCAAGCCGAUUACUGGGCCUGUGCCAUUCCGGAUUCACUGCCCCCAUCUCCGGACCGCAGCUCACCCCACUGGAACCCCAACAAGGAAUACGAGGACUUGCUGGACUAUGCUUACCCACUGAAGCCGAGGUACAAGCUGGGAAGGAUACCGGAGCCUUUCCUCCAUGACUCAGGAAUAGGUCUGGACAGCUUUUCUGCUUCUCCUGACGGCAUGUCCAGGUCCACCAGCAUCUACGGCCGAGCUGGGCAGUCUCGGGGAAGCAGAGAAAAUGGACUUUGGGAGUUCGUGGCCUGUUCAGAGAGAUUCUCCACCCCAAAGCCUGGAAAAAGAGGCUGCUCAGGAGCUGUCUCAUACUUUGAACCUUCACCUAUUGCCAAAGCAUCAUUUACAAGCAGUGCUUCCUCUCACCUUUCCAGAGGUUUUGCUAAGGAUGUAAGGGUGGAAUCAUCUGAGCCAAGCUCACCUGGGCGCCCUGCUGCCGAUGGGAGAAGCUGGGAUAUCAGAGGAAGCCCCUGCCCAAACUACACAGGGCAGGUGAAAAGCACCAGUAGGUUUUUACCCACCACAGGAGUGCUCCCCCUGAGGAAGAAGUGGGAGAGUGAUGAAGAAUUUCUUUCCCUGCCUCCAAGACUGAAGGAGCUGGAAAGGCUGGCUCAGUUUUUGUCCAAUCUUUCCUUAACUAUAAGGACGCCUGGGCAUGACCACCAUAACCUUCCACAUCACAGCACCAGCAAGGAGCCCCUUUCAUCUAGGCUGGCUCCUUUUGAAGAAGUGAGAGGUGGGGGUGACAGAGGGAAUACUGAGGGUUAUGCUGGGCUGUGGCAACACCGCAGCUCCCAAAAGCCCAGCUGGGAAAGCACAGACUCGAAUGGCUGGAUCCACAUGGAUCAUCCCCGCGGGCUUCAUCUACCUACUGGUCUCAGGGACACGUCGGAUGGGAUGUGCCUAAAUGAACCACGGGUCAAGGGGCAUCCAAAGAAGAGCCAGCAGAGCGAGUCCCUUAUCCAGUGUGUUAAGAUGUUUUGCUGCCAGCUGGAAGAGCUGAUCCGUUGGCUGUACACCGUGGUGGAUGUCACCGGCAGCUGGGUGCCACCCUCGCCGGAUGCCGAGAGCGUGUUGGCCUCGCUGCACCGCUACCUGGAGUUCAGGAAGGAUGUGGCCGACCACCGGAGUCUGACUGAGAGUGUGCUGGAGAGGGGAGAAGCUCUCCUGGACUGCAUGGCAUCAAAUUCGCCAGCUCUGAAAGACACGCUGGAUCUGAUUGCCAAACAGUCGGAGGAGCUCGAAAGCCACGCAGAGCACCUGUACAAGUCCAUCCUGGUUGCUGUGGGGCAGGACAAGGCGGCUGCAGCACACGGCUGCUCCCUGGGUGCUGCCUCUGUCAGACCUAGGCUGCGUUAGCCCAUCUCAGGAGGGCUGAGAAGAAUUGCAGCAAGCACCAAACCACCUCCAUCACCUCACCAGAGAUGCCAAAAUCUGUGUCCAGUUGCCCACAGGGCUGAUUUCAGUGUGGGUUUGUGCCAUGGCUUGAGAAAGGUGUUCCGUACAGCAGGUGUGCUGGGAUGUCCAGAGUUGUGUAAGGAAUGUACAGUUGGCCUUUUCUAGUUUGUUUUUUUAACAUAGCUUCCUUUUUUUUUUUUUAAUUUUUUAAUUGAAGUGGGCUGUUCUGUGUUAGCAAAACGUCAGGGAAGAGUUUUUUAACUGAGCAAUCCAUAGUGUGCCGUGCGCUCGCUAAGUAAAGCCGUGUGAUUUUAAUAGCCCUGUUCUCAUGGUUUGUUUAUGCUCGUCAAAAAUAGGUGCAAGAAGCCAAGAAAAAGC